CCACGAAUCUGUGGUUUGUGUUGUGGCUGUGAAAUCUGAAAUCGCAAUUUAUGGUUCUCUCAUUAGAAACAGGAAAAGCGCUCGUCUAAUCCAACACUGCUCCGCUUCGCGAAGCUUCUCUCGACUCUACCGUCCUUGCCGCUUUCUUCUUCCACCAACAACAUUCACCCUCCGCUCUCGCAUUGUUUUUGCCUUCCAUGGGAAACAAAAUGGGGAAGCAAGAGAAGGAUGAUGUAAUAUUUUUGAAGAUCGUACCUCCUGUGGACCAGGUAUAUGCCAAGUGGCUUGCUAGAGAUGUUGAGAGAAUUCAUCGCUUUGUUCCAAAACAUACUCGUGCAGUAAAGCCACCGGAUCAUUAUGUGGAGUACAUGAAGUUGAAUGGAUUGUUGGAUGUGGAUCUGGAUGAUCCUGCUCUUGCGCAUUUGUUCAAGUAGAUAUAUAAUCUCAGAUCUGUAUGCAAUUCAGAGAAGUAGCAUGAGUUGAUAUACUUGCAUUGCAUUGUGAAUAACUGAAUAUAUUGAUGUUUAUUUUCCUGUCUUUCAUUGCUUUUUCCUAUAAGAGUUUCUAGAGUUUUUGUUUCUUAAAAUCUUUGUUUGGAUAGAUGACAGAGAAUGAUUGCUUGGGAGUGAUUUGAAAGAAAGUUGCUAUAUUUA